AUGACUCAUAAGCUUUUGACUGAAGAUCAGCCACUUGAAGCACAACAAACACUUGAGAGUAAUAAAGUUCACAACAAGAGCCACUUCAAGAACGUGUCAAGACGCGAAGUGAGUAAUAAGACCGCAGGUAGCGCACUACCAUCAAAUAAGAAACGAUGGAGGAAAAAAGAAAUCUUUAUCAUUUGGGUAAUGGAACCACAGCAUGUGGUCGAGUUGAUCAUCAAAUGGAGAUGUCGAGAUCGAAUGAAAGAUGCUGUUAGAAAUGAAAAUCAACUUUGA